AUGGCAACGUUCCACAACCCGAUCCUGCGCGGCUUCAACCCGGACCCCACCGUGUGCGUGGUCCCGGGCGCAUCCCUGGCGUUCCCGCGGCCGGGGUCGUCGUCGUCGUCGUCAACAUCGACGACGCACUACUUCCUCUCCACCAGCACCUUCGAGUACUUCCCUGGCUGCGCCAUCUACCACUCGACCGACCUGCUGAACUGGGACCUCGUCGGCCAUGCGCUCACACGCCGGUCCCAGCUCGAGAUGCGGACCGUAGAGCCUGGCCGGUGUCAACAGGAGCGUAUUUUCCCGCGUGGAUUCUACGUCUGGACGGACAACAUAUGGGAUUCGAGCUCGUGGUCUGAUCCAGUCUAUUUUGACAACCCGGGCUUCGACCAAGAUCUCUUCUGGGACGACGCCACCUCCAAAGUCUACCUGAGCACCACGACCCGCCUGAAGAACCGGCCGGCCGGCUCCAAGCAGAAGGACUUCGCCAUCCACGUUUCGGAGAUCGACCUCCCAACGGGUCGCACGCUGACGCCGCCGGUCGUCAUCCGCCGGUCGCACCACGGCAUCGCCGAGGGCUCGCACAUCCUGCGGCGCGGGCCGUACUACUACCUGCUCACGGCCGAGGGCGGCACCGAGGCCGGGCACCAGGAGUGGAUCUUCCGCAGCCGGGACGGCGUGCUCGGGCCCUGGGAGGGCCAGGGCAAGCCCCUCUGGUACAACGGGCCGGACGAGGAGGUGCAGCGCACGGGGCACGUGGACAUCUUCGCCGACGGGAACGGGGACUGGUGGGGGGUCUUUCUGGGGGUGAGGCCCGUCCGGCGGACGGCGGAGGACGGCGGCGGCUUCUUGGAGCCGCAGAUGGGCAGGGAGACGUUCCUGGUCAAGGUAGACUGGGUGGACGACUGGCCCGUCUUUAACGAGGGGAUGAAUAUCACAUUGGAGACCAAGGGCAGAGGGGGUCAUGUCAAGCAGUCGUUGGCUGAGUUGAAACCCGGGGACGUGAAGUGGAGGGCAGAUUUGAGCAGCGGCGAGCUGGACCUGGGGUGGUACCAGAAGAAUACGCCGUUGAAGCAGUGCUAUUCCCUCACGGAGAAGCCGGGGUUCCUGCGCAUAUAUGGGAACUGCUACGAUCUCACGUGGCCGGAGGCGCCAGCAAUGCUCCUGCGCAAGCAAACCUCGUACCACGAGACGUUCCACGCAACGAUGUACUUUGACCCGACUCAGACCGGCUACGAGGCGGGGAUGGUGCUCUGGUGGAGCCAGUUCUCAUUCGCAACCAUCGGGGUGACGCUCCACGGUGGUUCGGAAGGACAAGGGGCUCCUGUACGGACUCUGGUCUGCCGCCGGCCAAAGGUAGGGGGAGGUGUCCAGGAAAGCUACGGGCCUACGCUAAAGGCCGUAGGUUCGGAGGCCGUCCGGCUCAUGAUCACGGCGAGAGCUACAGAGUACGCACUGGAGAUCUCAUCCAACGAGGCCACGGAAAAGGUGGUCAUCGGCGCGUCAGAGUUGACAACAAUGCCGCCAGUAGGCGGGGCCUUUUGCGGUGUCAUGGUUGGCCUCUACUCUUUCGGGAAGGGGGAGCCAGUAUUGGACCCAGCCGACUUUUCAGAUAUAUCUAUUGUGGAAGAGGGACCAAGAUGGGGUUAG